CUUCCUCCUUUAACCAAACGCAAAACAAAGACCUUAAAUUGAAUUUGUAUUUAGGGUUUAAGUCCCAUUGUUUAAGGGAAAAAUAAAAAUAAAAUACAACCGAUUAGGGUUUAAGCUUUUCUGUUGAAUUUUGCGAUAAGGGAUCGUACUGAUGUGGUACAGAGCUGGGCGGAGCUGGAGAUGGAAUAUCAGGCGCUUUUGCACGGCCGUCCGCCGUCGUGUGGAGGACGAGGGCGACUGGGUUUACUCUUCGGAGUGGUGGGGAACUGAAUCCGACGGCUACACUGUUCUCCGUUCAACUUCCGAUAAAGGAAACGGCAUCGUAUCCGUUUCCGCUUACCCUUCCUCUAGACCUAGUAAAGACACGUGGCCAGAAAUGGAGAGAUGGCUAGAGCAAAGAUAUGCAGAGAUUUAUGGACAUUAUGAAAGGUUUAGAGUUCUUGGAUACCAGUGGCGCACACUUCGAUUUAAUCAAGAUACGCGCCAGAGCGUUGGUAAAAUCAUGGCGGCCUACAGAGAAUCAGAGCCCGACGCUGUUUGUUUAAUGCAGCAGCCACAUUGCUUGGCUGUUCCAUAUCUAAAAAGUAUGGUGUCAACUGGGUUGGCUACUAUUGCGUCAUGUAACUAUGAUCUUAUGAGUGCUAUACAUGGGAAGAAAACAAUGAGUAUAUUAUGCAUUGGACAUGGUUGGGGGAGCCUACCAUUAUUCCUGGCCAGUAAAAUUCAAGGUGCUGUUGUCCACAUAGUCGAAAUUGACACCACUGUUAUAUCUGCUUCAGUUCAAGCUAUGGGCUUUCCAUAUUUUUCAGUUAUGACCUCAUUAAACAAGCGUGCCAUGUUGAAGCCUGAUAUUAAUGAUGAAGUAAUGUGGAAAGGCAUCCAUGAGAGACUUUACCUCUACGAAUCAGAUGCUGAAAAGUUUAUCCUUCAAAACAACAAUGUUUAUGAUUUAGUCUUCAUUGAUGCUUAUGAUGGUGAUGACAUCUUCCCAUAUAAACUUCGGGACCCAGAUUCCCCUUUUCUCAACACCCUCAGGAAUCAUCUCCAUCCUGAACAUGGCACUGUUGUGGUGAACCUUCAUUCAGAUUCUGAUUUUCUCGAGUCUGCUGAAUCAAAUUCAUAUUUUGAUCAACAGCUUCCACCGAUGGGAAAGUAUGUAGCGGCUGUUUGCCAUGCAUACAAGGAUGUUCUUUUAGAAGAAGGAAGUACAUGUGACGGUAAAAUAGGUUCUGGUUUAGCAUUCAGUGUUUCAGUUCCUUGGGUUUGUAAUUCAACCCUGGUUGUAUGCAGAGGCUUUGGGGUGGGUGGUGGUGGGUAUUUUAACAGGGAUCUAAUUUUGCAAUCUAUUAUAUCCAAAUCCCUUGAACUGGAAUUUGUACUAAACUUACCAUUCCCGUGCUUUCAGUAUUUAAAGAGGGGUUUUAGACUCAUUUAGGAGUAGAUUCUAUCCAAGCUGAGCUGGGGUCAGGUUGAGCUCAUGUCAAACCAUAAUAUUUAGUUUAAGCUCAAGUUCGUUCCUGCCAAGCAACGGAUUCAAAAGGAAACCAGUUUGGAUCAAAUCCAUUUUUCGACUUGUUGAUUAAAUUUUUAGUUUAAUGUUUCUUAAGCACAUAGGGGCUUUUUAAAAAUAAUCCCCUUUUUGUAUUUGAUUAGGCAACACUUUCUUUUUUGGACUAACUCAAUAUAUUGGGGCUUUACGUGUGUUUUUACGAUUCAUGUGUAACCCAAAACUAUUAAUCUUAUUUAUCAAAUAUGAAUUAUUGUCUUAUUGAAAACCCUAA